AACAAAAUAGGAAAAUUGCAGCAAACUCUUCAGGACAAGGUUUUCAAAACAAGUUGCAAUCUUGGCAGAACUGGACAAAGAGAAAAGAAGACUACUUAUGCAGAACCAGUCUUCAACAAAUCAUCCUGGAGCUAGCAUUGCACUCUCGAGACCCUGUCUUAAUAAGGACUUCUGGGAUCACGCUGAGCCGCAGUAUAUUGCAGCCCAGCAGAAGGCAGCUUUGCAGCAUGCUCAUGCACAUUCAUUUGGAUACUUCAUAACUCAAGACUCUGCAUUUGGGAACCUGAUUCUUCCUGUUUUACCUCACCUUGACCCAGAAUGAAGAAAAUAUUUGUGAUGGAAAAGAGACUUUGUAAUAUCAAAUGCCAAAGCUACUGUCAUUCAGUGCUAGAUGAACUGUGACUUUCAAAA